GACGCUGCCGGCACGGGCAGCCCGGACACCGGCAGUCUCAGUGUCGUCUGCAGGCUGUCAUCAGUCCCUGCUUGGAGCAGUCUGGCUGACAACUCAGACGCCUGAAGCUUGACGAAGAAUCAGCUAGCGGGGAUGAACGUAAGCAGCCAUGUCGACUGAGACUUAGUGGCGGCUUACAACAGAUGGUGGAACGAGGACUGCUCAUAGUUGAUCAUAGAGCGUGACCCGACCAUGGAACUGAUCGUCUUCGGCACAGUCUUCAACAGCGGCAGUAACGACAGCGGCGGAACCCUUCCCGGUCCUUGGAACGACACCGCCUCACUCAGCACGGUCGGGCUCAGUCUGGUGACCGAGACAGACCCCGGCGCGGGCGGACGACCUCUGGCAGUGGCCGUGGCCAUCGCCUCUCUGAUGGCCUUCAUCGCCCUGCUCGGCCUGGCCGGAAACAGUCUGGUGGUGGUGGUCACCAUCGUGGACCACGACCUGAAGGAGCAUGUCAGCAACAUCAUCAUCGGCAACCUGGCGCUGGCCGACCUGAGCACCUGUCUCCUGGUGGUGCUGCCGUCGGCCGGCUCCCUGCUCGCCGACCGGUGGCCGUUCGGACCGGUCCUCUGCUGGCUCCACUGCGGCUUCAACUAUCUCUUUAUCAUCGUCUCCAUGAUGUCGCUGGCGCUGGUCAGCCUGGACCGGAAGGAGGCCGUGGAGGAGCCGCUGCAGUACAUCCAGCGCUCGCGGCCGUCGCGCCUGCUCGCCCCUCUGGCGCUCAUCUGGAGCACCGGAGCGCUGUUUGCCAUCAUCCCCGUGGCUCUCCACUGGAUACACUACGACUACUGGGAGGGCGUCUGCGCCAUCGGCUGGUUCCAGCACCGUGGUACUGUGCUCUAUGUCAUCGUGGCCUUCUGCGUGUGCUUCCUGAUACCGGCCUCGCUGAUCGUCUGGUCCAACCACAUCAUCGUGACGACGUCGCACCGCGUGUCGCGACGUCACGGCAGCAUGCGCAACACGAGGGACACCGUCAGCACCCCCAGUCAGAAGGAGAGCACCACGCUGCGCCGUCUCUACCGGUCGAUACGGCUCAGAGGCCGGCGCUUUGUGCGCCGCUCACCGGGCGUAUCGUCCUCGGUACGAGCGGCACCGGUGGUACCCCCGGCCGGCGCCACCCCGCUGACCCGCACCCGGUCUGAGCCGCAGCGAUCCCUGCGCCUGGACGUGUCAGAGCUGGUGUCCGGGUCGCACAACAUCGAGAGCAUGUUCAGUGAGUUCGGGGAGCAGCGGCGACGGCGACAGCGGGACAACAGCGAUCUGGAGUCGGAGGUGGCAACGGUUCACUUGCCGAGUGAGGUGCGCCGGCGCAGCGCCCUCCAGCCGGUUAUCGAUACACUCACUGUCCGACGACCUGCCCAGCCAGCGGCCCAGGUCGGCACAGAAGUCAAUCCCGAGGCGGUCGUAGCCAAAAUCAGCAAUGGCAGCGAGGUCCGCCGCGGUAUCCGCCGUAUUCGUCGCCAAGGUGGCGAAGGAAUUGGUGGCAGCGGCAGCAGCAGCGACGGCAGCGGCGACAGUCGCGGUGGCGACGACGAAGCUCCUGUGCCAGAGCCUGUACCUCCCGAUCCUCUAUCGGAGCUCGAGAGUGUCGCCGAGUCGGGCGCCGCACCCGCCCGCCGAGCGAAGAUCAUCCUGCGCCGCCAGGGCUCGUACGUGGUGGAGAGCUUGCCGGCGUCGCUGCCAAGGCUGGUGGUUCGGCUGGCAGAGUCCCGCUCCUGCGAGGGUGGAUCACCUGCCGCUGACCUUCCAGACAGCCUAAAGAGGCCGCUGGAGGCCGCCCAGGCGCGUCCGCUGACUUCCGGCCAGGAGAGGCAUCUGGUCCGCUCCCACCGCCGCAUCAUCAGGUCCAUCUCCAUCGUGGUGGCCAUCUUCUUCGUGUGUAUGACACCCUUCUGCGUCACCAAACUGGUGAAGAUCAUCUUUUUACGGGAAGACCUAUUGCCCGGCUGGCUGAACCUUUUGGCCAGCGUAGUGCAGUUUAUGUCUUCAGCAACCAAUCCAUUUAUCUACGGCUUCUUCAGACCGGACUUCAAAAGGGCCUUCCUGAGAAUAUACAGGAAGAUGAAACUAUCCUCAAUUAUUUCUCGGCAAUAAUCUAACCCUCUCUUCCCCUCCCCCUCCUGGCCUCUUCGCCUUCUGUGUUCGUUUUCUAAUAGUGUUCCUUUUAUUUAUAAUCUUUGCAACAUAUUUGUGUAAGAAAGUUCUUAUCUAUUGUAGUAUUUUUUUUUUAAUAAUUGUAAUGUUUUGUAUGAAGGUUCAUUAAUCAUGUUGAUUUUAUAAAAGAGCCAACUUAAUUUAAGUGGGUUAUUUUACCUAUCAUUGUUGUGCAAUGGUGUUCCACGCUGCAUACUUCAUGCGUUUGCUGUUCAAAUUUCACCCGCACCGAUGCCGCAGUAUUGCAAUAGUCACAACUCAGGAUACCCCCCCCCCCAUGACGUGUAAUUGUGUUAUAUGAACUUUUCGGAGCAGCAAAAGUUCAGCCCACGAAUAGUCGCGGAGAAGAAAGUACCGAAUCGGCGGAGGCUAGAGAGUUUCAAUUUAUUCCUACUUUGUGUUUGUUUUAUCCAAAAAUUGAACCAUGGUGACACAAAAGUGUACGAAAUGUAUAUAGAAGGAUAAGUUCAGUCAUUUCGUUCUGUGUUGCCCUAUCUGGAAUCAUUCAUUAAUUUUGAUUUAAACGUUUUAUGGGUUCAUUCCGACUUUCUGUUUGUAUAGACAGUCAAGCUCGGACUAUCUAUGUUUGGAAUAUGUGCUGUGUAAUACAAAUGCGAAUAAAGCAUGCGGCAUAAAUCGACGCAUUUUUCAAACCCCACAUCCGUUCUCUCAUG